ACAAAAUAAUCAUUAAUAACAUGAAUAAUGCUAACUUUUUGCGUUAUUUAACACAGUGUAUACAAUGUUCAUAAUGACUAUUCUAUCUGUACAUUAUGUACUUGUAUCCACGCUGCUGAUUGGAGAAGCUAGAACCGGAAAUGACGCCAACAGCUGUCUCAUCACCUAAUUUAAAACCGGAACAAACAAAAGAUACCAAAGCAAAGCUCUGCAGCUGUUCUAGUGCUUUCGUUUAAUUUUUUUUUAGCAAUAAAAACAUAAAGCUUGUGCAAAACAGGAUAAUUUAAGGGACACUAACGAGCGGACUUUUAGCCCUUUUAUAACGCGACUUGGAAGAAGAAAUGGAGAGGAAGAUGCCAGCAUAACAUUAGCCAAAACAUCAAGAUUUUUAUGUUUUUAUUUAAUUUGAAAGUGCUUUAUUUCGUUUAGUUAACCUUUAAUUGAUUAUUUUUUAUUGUUUUAAGUUACAAUGAAGGGCUCCUAUUCUGCUUUUUUGAGCCGGAGUGGGAGCAGGUACAGCGGGGUGGCCGUGUUGCUUUACCCGCUGCUCGGUGUGUGUCUCUGGGCUUCGGUGAUCGGGUACAAGCCGGUGGUCAUAGUCCACGGUUUGUUCGACAGCUCAGGGGAUUUUAUACAUUUACAGCGGUUCAUUAACGAGUCUCAUCCUGGAACAAAUGUUACAGUCAUCGACUUGUUUGACAGAAGUGCCAGCCUGCAGCCCCUGUGGAAGCAGGUGGAGGGAUUCAAGGCAGCUAUUUACCCAAUAAUGCAAAACGCAGAAAAUGGGGUCCACUUUAUCUGCUACUCUCAAGGUGGGCUGGUUUGCAGAGGAAUCCUCUCCACUCUCCCUGACCACAACGUUGAAUCUUUCAUCUCUCUGUCCUCGCCUCAGGCCGGCCAAUAUGGAGACACAGACUACUUGAGGUACCUCUUCCCACAGUUUGUGAAGUCCAACCUCUUUCACCUCUGCUACACGUCAAUUGGUCAGAGGAUCUCCAUCUGUAACUACUGGAAUGACCCCCACCACAGAGACCUCUAUGUGAACAGCAGUGACUAUUUGGCUCUGCUCAACAGUGAGAGAACCAAUCCAAACGCAACAGAGUGGAAGAAGAACUUCCUGAAAAUCAAAAAGCUGGUUUUGAUCGGAGGACCAGACGAUGGAGUCAUCACUCCCUGGCAGUCGAGCCAGUUUGGAUUUUAUGACGAUAACGAGACUGUCGUUGAGAUGCAGCAUCAAGAUUUGUAUUUAAGAGAUGUUUUCGGUCUGAAGACGCUGGCGGCUCGAGGAGAUCUGAUCAUCUGUUCUGUUCCCGGCGUCGAACACAUAUUUUGGCACUCAAAUGAGACAGUGUUCCACAUGUGCAUGGAGAAAUGGCUGGUGUAGAGCAAAACACUUUUAC